CCCAAUCAACAUCCAAAGAAAAGAAAAAAAUUCUACUAGAGUAUAAACGGAACCUAUUGACCUAUUGACUGGAAAUCAAGCGCCGUAAAACUUUCCACAAAAAAAAAAAAAUGGCCGCAAAAUUGGCUAAUAUUUAUGAGGCUCUCUUACGCAAAUACGGCCAAAAAUACACAAUCACCUAUAAAAUGCCUCCAACUUAUAUAAAUAAUAUUAUUGGUGUAGAUGAAAAUCAAGAAAAAAUUCUUCUUUUUUAUAUAGAGGAACGUUGCAAUCCGAAAGUUGCUGAUUCAGUGUCACCUUCUAAAAUAAACAUUAAAAAGAAUAAAAAAACUGAUUUAAACUUGACCGGCAGUCCAUUGCAGGAUGAUUGCGAGGUGGAUACUAUUGAUGAUGAUGUAGAUAUACCAAUGAAUUUGAUUUGUGCCAAACCUUGGAAAUUAGACGAGGAAUGGCACAAAGGUAUUACUCUUGAAAAUGCUAGAGGCAUAAUAUGUUCUCCAAGUUUUCAGCUAUGUCCGGCUGCUAGGCAGUCUGUAGGAUCUGUGUGGUUUCUUUGCUUACCUCACGAUGUAAAGAAGACUCUGUUACUUCAAUAUGAGUUCACAAGCAAAGGAAGCUUUAGUCGUGGUAUAGUCCAUUAUAUUGGACUUAUAUCAGCUAAAGCGAUUACAACGCAGUCGUUAUUGAAGAAUCAUUUCUUUGCCGUUGGCGUGGAGAGGACUUGUAUAGAAACUCAUAUAGAAAAUAUCUAUCAAAUUAAAAACAAUAUUACGAUACGCUGCUCUUGGUCUACCGUAUCUCCAUUGCCACCGCUAAUAGAUUUGAGUACUUGUGAUGUUAUUUUAAAUCAAACGUUUCGUGCGGAUAGCUGUCAUCCGCUUACUGAAGAUUUUUUUAAUCAAUUGCUUAUACUUAUAUCUAUAAGGGAAGACAUAUUAUCUUUCAAGAAAUCGCAGGACUCUGAUAUCAUAAGGGAACCUGUUUAUCGAUGUGGCAUCGGCAUCGAGAUAUCGGAAAUUCGUGAAACUAUUAACAAGGCUAUGUUGGAAAUGGCAGAAUUUCUACCUACUCAUUGUACCGACUCCGAUAUAGAAGAUGUUAUCCAAAGUGCCAAGUUAAGGCGACUCAAUGAUUUAACUGAUAACUUAUGGGAGAUUUUGAAGCGUUGCUCGUCCUAUAAGGAUCUGAAGCUGGCUUUUAAUGUAUUAUUUCAGUCUGCCGCACGUUCUAAUAUCGUAAAUACACCUGCGAAUAAAAAUCGUUUAGCGGAAAUUAUUACUGAAAUUUCUAAUCGUCGCUUGGCUAUACCAUGCUUAACCGGUUCUGAACCAUUGGAGUUAUUAUUAGAAAUUGGUUUAGAAAAACUUUACAAGGACUAUGAGUAUAUUUUCGUGGAAAGUAAAAUUUGCAGCUCAAAUGAUCUGCGAAAUAAAUGGGCGAGAAAAGAUCACAAGGAAGAUGAGGCUGCCAUUUUGAAUGUUCGCAAGUCGUUACGCAAUGCUGUUUUCCAACCAGAAAAUGCUGCCGUACGCAAAACGUUGUUGCAAAACGAUCGGAAAGCAAGUAACGAUCAAGACGAUUUAGUUGGACUUAAGAAUAGUAACUUUGAUGAAAUUGAAAGCGCGCAAACAUUGGAAAAAUUGUUUCAAAUCCACUGCACCCUCGAGCAUGUGAUUAUGAUACAUAUUAAUUUAAAUUUAAGCAAUGCUUAUUAUGAAAUCUUUGAUCAAUUGUUACGUAGAGCACCUCGUACUAUCGAUCAAAUUCACGAUCGUUCAAUUGAUGAAAUACAAAUUUCAUUGUCGGCGCAUUAUGUUCGCGAUCAAUUACAAGGCAAAGAUCCUCAUUCACGUCGCAUAAGUAUAAUAUCCAGCGAUAAGUUUCGUCAGGUUAAAUCUACUUUCUACUUUAAUAUGAACAAUAUAUGUCCACCUAAUAUUUUGGAAAUGACAAAUUUCGAAGAACAAAUGCUGACCAAGGAAAACAUGUACUAUCAUUGGUUGUAUCGCAAGAUUAUUUCUUAAUAAAUUCGUUGAAUACAAUUGAUAAUUCAAAAAAGUUUAUAUCGUUUAAAUCACAUUUGCUUUUUUGCCAACAAUGCUUAAAUCGUAUUAGCGAAGACCUACAAAAAAUU